ACAAGAGGCGCAGAGCUAGUGUUUACAUCACUGAGAUCAUCUGUGAAUCACCUCCUUAAAUUGUUCAGCUUUGGGAGUUGCACCGCUUACCUAUGUAGUACAGUACAUCUGGACAGGAUGGAAGGUGGACGGCGCAAGGCUCAUGCAAGUGGUGGAAAAGGUGGAAAUGAUGAGUGCGGCGUUAGUGUUGGUGACCGCGUGGUCUGGCUGAGUGAGGAUUACCCAGAGUUUGGUGUGGUCAAGUGGACUGGGAAAUUGCCAGGAAUAAGCGAUUCUGGAGCGUGGAUGGUGGGAGUGGAAUUUGACAAUCCUGUAGGUAAUGAUAACCACAGAGUCGGUGGCCGGCUGCUGUUUGAUGCUAAACUGAAUCAUGCUUCUUUGAUGCCUGUAACAAGUCUCAUGAAGGCAGAGGAUUUUCUAGGUAAAGAGUCUCUCAGCAUUGAUCCGGGUGGACGCAAUUUAAGUGGGAAGCGGCCAGCACAUCUGAUUUCAAAGUGUGACAAUCAGCUGGGCAGUGAUAUGACAAGUAUGACUCCUUUCCAUCUCCUGGCAUAUGAACAGUUAUCCACACCUAGUCAGCGGACUGUAGGACCACCGCCGCCUUACUCAGAAAAGGAGUGGGAGCUUUUACCUCAUGUGACCUAUGGUACUCAAAAAAAUUUGAUUUCGAGUAACAAGGAGACGCUGCAUGAUCAUAAAUCUCGUCAACGGGACAAGAGUAAAAUUUUAAAUCGCAAUAUAGACAAAAAGAAUAAUAAAUGGAAGUCUUCAGGAAGCUGUGGACGACCUACUCAGAUAAACAAUGACGUCGAGCAAGGUUCUCCUAUCGGGGGUCUUGGGGACUUGGACUUACCUGUUAACCCCUUGUAUCAUUUGUCUCUACAUGGGAUCGACCAAUUAGAAGUUGUGUCUGAUGGGGACGGCAGUGUGUAUGAAACGCCCGAGGGUAGUGUGGAGGGGACCGAGGAAGACCUAGAUAUUGGUUCAUUAGUAGAGGUGGUCAUCAAAGAAGUUCCAAGGUUUGGGGUCAUAAGGUGGAUUGGGACUGUACCAGGAGACAAAAAGGAAGGACGAAAAGUUGCUGGUGUAGAGAUGGAGGAUGCAGAAGAUGGGUUGUCAGAUGGAACCUUCAGUGGCAAGAGAUACUUCACAUGCCCAACUGGAAAAGCAUUAUUUGUCCCACUACGCAUGUGUCAUAAGGAUAGUCGCUUCCUUGAGUCCAUAUCAUCCAACCCCAGAGCUAGCCUUGCAUUUGGCAGUAUGGACUGUCAGCCUGUAGGAGGCAGUGUAGCACCAUUGUCAGCUCCUGAUGAGGUCCGUGCAAUGUUUGGCAAGAAUCGUGGUAUUCAAGGUCACCAGAAUUCUUGCUACUUAGAUGCCACACUCUUCAGUAUGUUUGCUUUUACAAGUGUGUUUGACAACUUGCUGUUUCGACCGCCGACUACCCAUGACAUAAAGGAAUACCAUGAAGUCCAGCGAGUUCUGCGAGAAGAGAUUGUCAACCCUCUCCGUGCAAACCUGUUCGUGCGAGCCGACCGUAUUAUGAAGUUACGCACCAUGCUAGAUCAUCUGUCUUCAGUGCGGGGUCUUACCACUGAAGAAAAGGAUCCAGAAGAAUUCCUCCACUCCCUGUUGGCUCAGAUUCUGCAGGCUGAGCCACUGUUGCAGCUGUCAUCUGGUCAAGAAGCCUACCACUACCAGCUCUUUGUUGACAAAGAUGAAAAACUUAACCUGCCAUCUGUUCAGACUUUGUUUGACCAGUCUUUCCUCACCUCUGAUAUUAAGUUGAAGCAAGUUCCGUCCUGCCUAAUCAUCCAGAUGCCCCGUUUUGGAAAAGAUUACAAAAUGUACCCAAGGAUUCUGCCGUCCAUGGUUCUUGAUGUUACUGAUGUUAUUGAGAACUCACCUCGUCAGUGCAUCAUCUGCGGGAAGUUAGCAGAGUACGAGUGCCGUGAGUGUUUUGGACAAUGUGGCUCUGGUCUUGAGAGCAUUGCUUUUUGUGCCAAGUGUAUGGACAAGGUUCAUAGCCACAAGAAAAGAGGCAGCCACUCAUCUACUCGCAAGCUGAAAGUUCCUCCAGAUUUUCAGAUGUUGGCUGAUCACUGUGGGUCAAUACCCCGGGUCUACAUGGAACUCUUCGCUGUAGUGUGCAUAGAAACUUCGCAUUAUGUAGCCUUCACACGCUGUGGCUCUGGUGCUGAUGCUACCUGGUGCUUUUUUGACUCAAUGGCUGAUCGAAAAGGUGAGCAGCACGGGUACAACAUCCCAACUGUUGUUGAGUGUGGAGACCUGAUGCAGUGGGUGGGGGAGGAGGGUAGCCAAAUGCUUCACGCCGUCACGGACAACAAGGCUCUCCCCGAUCUCCCUCGGCGCCUUCUUUGCGAUGCUUACAUGUGCUUCUACCAGAGCCCAAAGGUUAUGAUGUAUAGAUAAGACAUGCAUGGUUAUUAAUCUAUGUACUGUUGUUGAGUUGCAAAGUGGUACUGCUGAUUGUUCUGCCGUUAGUCACACUAAGACCAUUACGUUCUCUCUAUGGCUUUUGUGUGUUAUUUCUACAUUUUUAUUUAUUUAUUAUUUAAACCUUCUUGUAGACUGUCAUGUUAGUUAUAUUCUUGAAAAAGAAUCUGAGAGGUAGUUGAAGUAGCUUAAUUAUCAAGACUCUUUCUGUAUUGUACACAUUGAAAGUUACAAUGAAAAAUAUUGGAACAUUUUCAAUUAGAUUCACUCAGAGAAAGCUCUUAGAGUAUAUGUUUCUAAUGCCAAGAUUGACCAGUAAUAUUAAUAAAAAAAACAGUAUUUAGAAAACAAAAAAAUAUUAGAGAAGCAAGCAUAAAUUUAGUCCAACUAGAAAUAUUA